UCACUACUUUAAUUUGCGAGGGUUUUGUAAUAGACCUUCUGGCUGCUCCUAAGCGAACCUUUCCAGGUCUCACUUUAAUGGAUUUUCUUCGUCGAAAACUUUUCUAUAUUUCUGUAGGUUCAUUUCAUCCACAUCCAAACCAACAAGUUGCAGGUUGAAAUAUCGUAACUCUUUCCAACAAAUGUUGGAGGCUAGAUAUCUCGAACGAAUCCAAUUGGUUAUGUGUUUUCAGGAAAACACGAUAAUUAAUCGAGGCAUCCUUCUCAACUUAAGUGAGGAAAGCAAGAUGGAAUUAAGCACUGAAGCCUUUGAAAUGAUGUCUGAACUGAGAUUACUCCUUAUCAACUUUGCCAUCUUCGAUCAUUGUGACUUUGGGCAUUUUCCUGCAAGUCUGAAAUGGUUAGAAUGGAAAGAUUGCCCCUUGGAAGCACUUCCACUUGAAAUCAAGUUUAAAAGCCUUGUGGUCCUUAACCUUUCUCGGAGUUUUAUCAGCCGGUUGUGGAGUGAAACAACAAUGGGGUCAAGCUCAAAAUGCAGGAAGAAGACGUUUGAUGGGCUAAAAGUUCUGGACCUGUCUUGCUGCUAUGGUCUCAAUGCCACUCCCAAUUUUGCAGUGACACCAAAUCUGAAGAAGCUGAUCCUUGAUGAGUGUAGGAACUUGAAAGAAGUUGAUGUUUCCAUUGGGUCUCUAAAAAAAUUGGUUUUUCUUAGCAUGAGGGAGUGUGUGUCUUUGGAGAAGCUACCCAACCAAAUAUACCAGUUGGGUUCUCUUGUAAUUUUCAACCUCGAAGGAUGCAGCAACCUUGUCACUUUUCCACAAUUUCCACCAACAAAUUCCAGUACCGAUGGCCUUUCUUAUCUCGAGGAGCUCAUUUUGCGAGAUUGUGAACGCCUUGAAUUUCUACCUCACCUUCACAAGUUUCAGUCUUUAACAAGGCUGCAUAUGGAUGGUUGCCAAAGCCUUGACCACAGAAGAACACCUUUAUUUGAGGAUGUGGCAUUUAGAGAAUGGGAUGAACUCAGCAUUUCAGGAAGUCGAACACUGUCUCCGAACCAAGAAUUUUCUUUCGUGCUACCGAUUGGGUCUAUUAAUGAUCCCUUACUUUUGCAGCAGUUAGAGUGCUAUGUUUAUGGUGAUCCAUGCAAAUGCGAAACCAUGAAAUUACAUAUUCGUCAUGAAGAUAUGACGAAUGGGAGGGUCACGUUAGAGACUAUGAGUGAAGCUCAUCGUGACUAUUCCAUUUAUGAGGAUGAUGCAUAUGGUUACUGCUAUACAAUCUAUUUUGGUAGAAGUGAUGAAAUAAACGAGGCCACAAGGAGCAAAACCAUAAUUACGAAGGUAACAACUUCCAACAAUUCUAACCUAACUAAAGUCGAUGCCAAAUUUCAAAGAGGAAGCAAGUUUAGUGGUGAGAACAUGAAGCCAUAUAUUUGCAUAUCUAGAAGGGGAGCCUUCAUGAAAUCAUUGACUUCUGUUCAAUCAUCAUCAUCAAGGAAAUCUGAACUUGAAUUGUCCAUAUUUUUCAAUCUUUGUGAGGAGGAUAAACUUGAUGUCAUUGAAUACUCAACGAGGCUUGAUGACCGCAUAGCAAAGACGAUGAGGAUAUUGGACGCCCGAUGCGGAGACGAUGAUGGCCAAGAGGAACAAACGCUACCUUUUGGUUGGUCUGUUGAUGAACUUAUUAUCCUGACCAUGAUUCUUACUGAUGUCAAUGUUUCAUGGUAUGAGCAACGACAUGGAACAAGGUUGCCACGGCAAGCAAAUCCAAAGGUUUUUGAGAAAAUUAAAGUCAUCGAUCUCUCUCAUUGCAAGUUUCUGGUUAAGACUCCUGAUUUUUCUGGGAUCCCACAUUUGGAGAAGUUGAUUCUUGAUCAUUGUGCAUGCCUAGUCGAAAUUGGUGAAUCCAUUGGACAACUGAAAAAUCUUACCCAACUGAGCAUCGUUGGAUGUGUAAAACUACGUGAACUCCCUUCUGGUAUUUUGCAGCUGAAUUCCCUUCAAGUACUCCGCCUCGACAAAUGUUCAGAAAUCAAGAUCCAACCAGAAAAAAACAUGACGGAUGUUAGUUUGAAGACUCUAGAGGAGCUCUUAUUUUAUUAUGUUGAACAAUUCAGGAGCCUAUGUUGCCUGUCCCUGAGAAGCUGUCGUUCACUUAAACAACUACCAGAUUCUAUUGGAAGCUUGGUAGCCUUAGAGGAGCUUAUACUUUACGAUUGUCCUUCAUUAGCAGGACUGCCAUAUUGUGUUGGACAAUUCAGGAGUCUACGUUGCCUAUCCCUGAGAAGCUGUUAUUCACUUGGACAACUACCAGAUUCGAUUGGAAGCUUGGUGGUCUUAGAGGAGCUCAUCCUUGAUUUUUGUACUUCAUUAGCAAGAUUACCAGAUUCGGUAGGCAACUUGAAGUGCCUAACUAAAAUGCAAGCUACUGAAUGUAAGGGAUUGGAGUCGAUGCCCGACCUUUCAAACUUGAUGGCAUUGGAGGAGCUGAAUGUAGGAGGAUGCAGGAAGCUCACCAAAAUCUCUGGCUUGCAGAAGCUGAGAAAACUAAAGAUCCUACAUAUGAAUGGCUGUAGGCAUCUUAGUCUCGAUUUGAUUCGGUUGCAGUUUGAGGAGGCAGCAUUUGACGAUCUUCAGACAUUCAGCAUUUCCUUUCCUGCAAGCCGUAGUUUCGUCGGCAUACCCCUUCCCAGAGGGGAGCGCACGAGCAGCAAGCUUCUGCACGUUGAAAAAAUUAAGUUUGAUGAAAGGGAGUUCAGAAUCAAUGAUAAAAGAAUCGAUAAAGAAAUCGAUCUUUGGAUCGAAGUUGCAGUCGAUAUCGAGCUCCCUGUUUAUUCCAAACAUGUAUACGGACGUAGAUUCACAAUCAGUUUUAGGGAGAAUGAUCUGAUAAAUAAGCACCUAAGGGUGUUGGCCGCAAGUAGUGGCGAUACCACUAGGGUCUGCACGUUGCAUGUAUCUUGCAGAACACGUUGCCAGCUGAGUGGAGCUGAUAUUUGGUUCCGCCAACCUCUCACACCAGCACCAGAGGCUCACCACCGACCAGAGGAUGACGAUCUUGCUCCUUCCACAAGCAAAAGGGGUAAAAAGUGAAGGCUCCGUUCUCACCUUGCCCCUCUUGGUGAUUAUCGACAGCAACUCCUGUUUUCAGUUUGAAUCCCAGUAUAAGGUCCAUAUACAGUUUUUCAUCUUUGGCCUUCUUUAGUUCAUCGCCACCAUUAACUUAGACUGUCAAAACUUUAUGGGCCAACAUGAUUUUGAACAAUCAUGUACAGCCUGUAGAGGAUUGGUGCUCUAGCUGAAC